AUGGCCACUCAAAUCGCACCCCUCGAACUGACGCUGCCGACCAUGUCCGACCUGAUGCCCUCGUCGGCCUCGAAGCCAAAGCUCACCCCGGCACCCAGCAAGACGCAGCUGCAGAAACAGCGACAGUCACAGCAAUCACUCCUACAGCAGCAGCCCGAAUUCAGCGUGCCCGUCUCCAAGAGCUUCGCCUUCUCCAUCGCCGACCUCUGGAAGCCGACCAAGGACUCGCUCCUGCAGUGGAUCAACGAGCUGCCCGGCCCCGUUAAGCGCGAAGAGCCGCUCGAGCCUGCGCAUUUCCAGGCUCCUAAGCAUGCUUUGGACCCCGAUGGCUCCUAUGCCGGCUCCAGCACCGACGGCCACCGCGACAAGCGAGCAAAGCUGGGCUUGGGCCUGGCGCACCACCCGGCCGUGGAGUCGCGCCGUCGCCGCCUCGUACAGUCGGGCAAGGGCUUCAUGCGGCGGGUCUCGCACGCCUGCCAGCGCGUCAUGGCACCCGGCCACGCCGAGCAGCAGGACGCCUACGACGGUUCUACGAUCCGCGGCUCGACCUCGCUGCCCGGCACGCCUGGAGAUCGCGCCAAGAUGAGAUUCGUCUUUGUUGGGGACUCCGAGUGUGGGAAGUCCAGCUUGUUACUUCGCUACUACCGCGAUACCUUCACGCUCCACUACUCCAAGACGCAGUACGAGCUCUUCAACAAAACCGUCGAAGUAGACGACCAGGAGGUCGACCUCGAGCUAUGGGACACGUGCGGCGAAGUCCGUCUGCACCAGCUGCAGCUCCUCUCCUACCUCGCCUGGGACGCCAUCUUCCUGUGCUUCAGCGUCAACAGCAUGAAGCGAUUCGAAAGCGCCAAGACGAAGUGGAUCAACGAGAUCCGCAUGUACUGUCGCGACGCCCCCAUCAUCCUGGUCGGUCUGAAGAAGGACAUGCGAGUCGGCUCGGGCCUGUGGGCGCCGUUGUUCCCGCGAGUGGAGACGCGCAUCGGAGCAUCUCAGGGUACCCUCGCCGCCAACGGCAUGGGAGCCGUCAAGUACAUGGAGUGCUCAGCCAAGACAGGCGAGGGCGUGGCCAACAUCUUCGAAGACGGCAUCCGCGUCGUGUUCGACGAGCGCGCCGCCGACGCGGAGGCGGCGCGGCUGCGCGAGAAGCACGCCAAGAAGGGCGAGAACAAGCUGGGCCAGCUGCUGUGUUUCGCGUAA